AUGGAAAUAUCAUAUAAAACUUCCGAAACUACCAUUUUUUCGUUUUCAAAUCUUGAAGACAAAGGUACCUUAGGUAUUAAGAGUCAAUAUAACAAGACUAACGCGUAUAAUCAAAACGAAGAAAAUUUUGAUCGUUUAGGUGAUUAUAGAGAUACGACUGCGAUUGUCGUAGAUGAGAAAUUUUCGCCUGAUCUGCCCGCUUUGCCAUUAUCCACGAAACUCAACGUGAUUAGUCAGAUAAGAGACAAAUUUGGUGAUAGAAGAUUUCUCUAUCGUGGAAUUAAUUCUCAGAAUAUUAACGCAACACUUACAUACGGGUUUAUUGUAAUAUUUCGGUCUUCCUUAAGAAAUGAAUAUGGGCCAGGCAUAUAUACUACUCCAAAUCUCGAUUAUGCCAUUUCAUAUGCUGGAAGGAAUGGUAUGCUUUUAAUCUUUGAUUGUUCUAAUCUCGAUAGAAAUCUUACGUCCAAGCAUUUAAAUGAUCUAGAGGAAUGGAAAGCAACAGUCAAGAGCCACAUUUGUUUAGAGGAUGAUGAUAAGCCAAGACCACCGUUUCAUGAAGAAGAUAUUCUUGAAGUUGAACAAGUUGUUGGCAGAACAGAAUUAGCUUUUAAGGCUUUUGAAAAUCGUUUAUUUGCUAUCAUAUAUUUGGUUUUGAAAAAUAAUGAAGGUUAG